AACGUGUUUUUUUCUUCUUUCAAACAUCUCGCGUCUUCUUCUGCCUGAAUUACAUACUCUAGAACAAAAAUUAUUAACCUGCAAUCUCAUGGAAACGGGGAUUCGCAGAGGCUAUCUUAAAUAAGCGACAGGAAGUGCAUACGCACACCUGUAGCAACCGGAUGUCGCAUGGAGCUAUAGCCGCAAAAUAGUUUCCUCACCAAUGCCUACAAUCAUUCGAACCUCAUCUUCUGAUGUCAUAAGCUUUACAGUCGUUCUACCACCAUGAACAAGAAGUCAAGUGGAGGUCUUUUUCCUUCAGGCUUUGGAACCAACUUACUCACAAGAGUGUUCGCCGAUACAAGACAAUGGUGGAAUCAGUUCUGACCCAAUUAGUAUCCACAGAACCAAGGGCAAAAGGAACCACAUUUUGGUCUUACUUUUCGAGUAAGACACCUGGUGACCGUCUUGCAGCCACACACCAGUCCUCGAACUCCGUAAAUGAAUACCAUUUCUAAGAAAUCAGCUCACUUUAGGGUUUCGACAGGAGUCUUCACUACGCGUCUGCUGGCCAUCGCCUUAUACCAAUUGCCUUGUAUAAUCUAGGCAGUAUCCGAUUCAUAUGUCAGAGUCCCCGACAUCACUCCGGGCCCGACAUCCUCAUAAGCCAGGGGUAUUACUCACCCACCGCACCGGAACGAAAAAAACUCACCCAAGCGCAAUUACGCACUUUCUUGUUCCGCUAUUUAGCUAUUUAACCCAGCCGUCACCUUCACAAAAAUCAUCUAGACGUUUUUUUCCCAUCUUCACUGCCAUACCACUGACUAUUAGUAGUUAAAUGCAGUUGCUAUGUACAACGCCGUAGCUGAAAAUGUCCUAGGAACCGUGGGAACUGUCUGCUGGUGUAUCCAGCUCGUUCCCCAAAUCAUCCGCAACUUUAAGGUAAAGGACUGUACGGGCGUACCACCCAUGAUGAUGUUCUUGUGGGCUGCCAGUGGCAUUCCCUUCUCCAUAUACUUUAUUGGAACCGAUGGGUCCAUCCCCCUCCGAAUCCAGCCCCAACUUUUCACGUUUUUCUGCCUUAUAUCCUGGGCCCAAACCCUAUACUAUUCACCUAUCCUGAUGAAUCGCACCCGGUUGGCAAUCCUUAUCAGCUUAUUCGUGUUGGUGGGCGUGGGGCUUGAGACAGGUCUCAUUGUCUGGCUCCGCCCGCUCUACCGUCGGGAUAUCAAGUAUCCUAUGCUCAUUGUUGGGAUCAUAGCAUCGGUACUUCUUGCAGUGGGACUUAUCCCUCCGUACUUUGAGUUGGCCAAACGCCGGGGCCGUGUGGUGGGCAUCAACUUUGUUUUUCUCAGUCUUGACUCCUUGGGGGCCCUUCUAUCGAUGUUGUCGGUGGUGGUGGGCACUUUUGAUACCUUGAGCAUUGUAUUGUAUGCCAUUGUGCUUGGGUUGGAAUUAGGUAUUUUCUCGUCGCAGAUCACGUGGUACUUUAUUCUUGGAGGUCGCCGUGUGAUAAAGCAGGAGCAGGCCGAAAAGCGCCGUCUCGAGGAUGAGAAAUCACUGACCAACGAAGACGAUAACGAUUACGAAACUAGUACCCAUAACUCGACUGAGGGAGACGUCGACGUGGUGGACCUGUCACUUAUGGGGAUCGAGACCGUCGCCCCGUCUCCCGCCUCCAAGUCCGAGGCCGCUUGAGGCUCCCUAGCCCUUGUGCUCACCUUUGCAUUCAUGUAUAGAUUAAUUUAUAUUUACAUAAUACGCUUUUCGCGACAAAAAAAACCUCACGUAU